AUGUCUCGUUUAUCGCGUGCAACGCUCAGUAACCGUGGUCCUAGAGACUCUGUUUUCAACCGAGGAGCAGCCGACUAUCGAGCGGACGCGCAAAGUCAUAAGUGUCCAGCUGAUUUGGAAGAAUGUGUGGCUUCAUUGGAAGAUUGUUGUGAGGAGGCCCACGAAAUUGGAACAUUACUGCGGGCAGGAACCCAGGACCUUCCUCGAAUGACCAAAAUUAUCGAAAACCAGAUAGUAUUUGCACUAGCGCCGUCAUCUACUCUACAACAUUACAAAAGGGACCUUAUAGACGAAGUCGAACCUGCAAUUACCGAACUUGUGGAGAAAGCCCAGGCAGGAUUACAAGCUCUUGAGAAGAAAGAGAAGGCGUUGGAAACCAAACUCAAGGCUGCACAAAAUCGACCGAUCUUAACUAGCCAGACUACUGCUGCCCAAAAACUCGAACAAAGAAGGCUAGUAGCAUUGACAAAACAGAGGGAACGGCUGGAAGAUGAACUGAAGGCUUUGGAGAAAGACGUGGUAGCUCUAGUGAGUUUCAAAGAAUUUUCCCUGUCGUUGGUGAAAACAUCAAUCUCAUCCACGGCUCUACAAAGGAACGUUCUUCGUUAUGUACAUAAAGUCGUGACGUUUUUCAAGACUUUUACGACUUGUAUAACAUCUUAUAACAUCCAAUAUUUGCGAGCGCCGGGCCCUCCUUCGCCCACGGUAUUUCUUCCAUUGGCCCCGGCUGUUCCUCAAUAUUGGGACCGUGUUGGUUCUUUCCUUUCCUUCCAAAAACCAGUGCCUUCCCGUCGCCAUAGGUACAACUGGUUUGACUCCUUCGCAUUAGGUACUUAUCUCCUUCUUCCGCCCUCCAUCUCCCAAUACACUUAA